CUACGUAGUGCGUGACGUCACAAGAUGGCUACACACAUAGUCCCUUCUUCAACAGUUUCACGGAACAGUGCUUGUGAAUAGUCGUUCGGCGAGUUACGCGUCAGUUUAGUAUUAUAGUGAAUGGUGUUCCUGCGUUAGUGUACGUGAUUUGGUUGUUUAGUUUCUGUGCACUAAACUGGUGAUCUGUUUUUCUUUGCUGUGAAAAUUUCGUUGCCUGCAAAAUGCCGUAUCGUUGUUGUGUGCCGAAUUGUAGAGGAAAUUACGACGGUGGACCAAAAGUAACCGUGUUUAAAUUUCCGGAGGAUGAAGCAACGAGGAAGAAAUGGUUGUCACGUAUUCGCAGACAUAACUUCACCCCUUCUUCAAGUUCAAGAGUAUGUCAUGUUCACUUCCACAAGGAUGAUGUUAUUUGGGAAACACAAAUUGUGGAUGAAAGGACUGGUCAGUUAUUAAGAGCCCCCCUUCUCAAACCACGUUUGAGACCACAUGCAGUUCCAUCACUACUCCCAAACUGUCCUUCCUACCUUUCAAAGGAAGAAAGUAGACGUGAAGGGCCAGAGGAGAAAAAGCAAAGGCUUGAAAAUGAGCAGUUAGCUGCAGCGUUACAAUAUAGUUUAGCAUCACAGAAGGACUAUGAAAACACUUUCAGCUUCAGUUCUUUAGAAGAGUUGAUGUUGCGUACGAAGGAAGUGGAUUUGCCCAACGAGUGGAGUGUGAUCGAAAAACACAGUGAUUUUGUUUGUUUUUUAAAGAUAAUAAGAAAUCCAGCACCAUUAAUCACACAUUCUGUCGUUAUAGAUAGUAAUUUAAAUGUUUCAUUGUUUAAGAAAGAUGUACAAAUUAAGACAUUAGGAAAAAGAUCUUUUCCUGUAAUUGUAACCAAUAUCCAUGAAAUUGUCAGUGUACUGCAGGAGUUUUCAGACACAGAUUGUGGGCACUCAGAAACUUCUAUAGAUAGUAUUGUAGAGAUAGUGAAAGACAGUCUAGGAGUGCUGAAAGACAGUUUACAGGAGAGUGAAAAGGAGAUGGUAGACUUUAUAUAUGAACAAGUUAGUCUCAUAAAUGUAAAGAAAUUUAAUCAUAGGUUUAGUUCUACAUUUAUGAUACUGUGUUGUUUGCUAUUUUCCAUUUCAUCUCAUGCUUACAAUUUUUUACGUAGCAGCUCAUUAAUGAAAAUGCCACAUCCAAGCACUCUGCGUAGGGUCUGCAGCAAAUUUAAUGUGAAUCCAUCUCACGAAAGGCUUGGGGGAAGUAAUUUCCUGUCCUAUGCAAGACAGAAAUUUCAAUACUUGAACAGCAAUGAUGUCAAUGUUGUUUUGAGUGUAGAUGAAAUUCAUCUAAAUUCUUAUUUGGAAUAUAAAGGAGGUAGUGUUUUGGGCAUGUCAUAUAACUCGGAAUGUGCUGCAAAUUCAGCAUUUGUAUUUAUGUUGCAGAGUGUCAAGUCUUUGUACAGGGAUGUUGUUCACAUUUUACCGGUGAAAACCAUUUCAUCUAAUGCAUUAUACGAUGUGCUACUGGCCAUAAUAAAUGGCCUUGAACUAAUAGGCUAUAGGGUUUUUUGUGUGGUAACUGACAACAACAAAAUCAAUAGCAAAACCAUGUCAAUGUUUUCUCUGGAUAAAGCUGUUAAUAUAGUUUUUAAACAUCCAUCUGAUCCUAAUCGCCCACUUUUCUUUUUAAUUGAUGCCGUACACAUUGUUAAAUGCAUAAGAAAUGUGUGGCUGAACCAAAAAAAUGAUGGUAAAGAUAUGUUUUAUCCUCAGUUUCCAGUUAGAAAAGAAGUGGAAGAAAAUAAGUUUUCUGUAGCUUCUUUUAAAACACUGAAACAGAUUUAUGACAUAGAUUCCAGUUCUUUAGUAAAAUAUUGUCACACAUUGUCUCUCAAAUCACUUUGCCCUACAUCAUUAGAAAAACAGAGUAUGAAACUAGUGCUGCAGAUAUUCAAUCGACAUGUGUCAGAGGGCCUUGAGGUAGCUAGUGAUAAAUUUGAUUUGAGACAUGCACCAUCAACAGCAGAAUACAUUCGAAUAAUAACAAAAUGGUUUGAUGUCAUGAAUGUGAAAUCAGUGUUUAAAGGGAAACACAAACAGAAUCCUUAUAUGGAUCCGUUGACAACUGAUAGCGUUUCUAUGCAAUUUUUGCUAGAUUUUCUAGACUGGCUUGAUGUGUGGAAAGCAAAGGGUUUGUCAAGUGGGUUUCUCACAAAAGAAACAUUUUUUGCUAUUCAGCAUACAACAUAUGCCGUGGUAGAGAUUGCUCGAUACUGUACUGAAGAGCUAGGUAUGAGCUAUUUACUGACAGCCAAGCUACAAACAGAUGUGCUUGAGCAGCGUUUUGGAAAGUAUAGACAGCUUGCAGGUUCCCAAUACAAUGUUUCAGUGACACAAGUCUAUGAAGCAGAAAAGAAGCUUCGAAUUCAAAGUGUAAUGCCUUUAGUUUUAUGUUCUCCUUCCUAUGGCAAUAUCACAGUAGGGGCCAUAAAAAAUUUUAUGUUUUCUGAAGUUGAAGAAACAGACACAUUAGACAUAGAAGUCAGUGUAACUCAAGACGAUGUUCUUUCAGUGAAAGAUAUUGCAACGUCUUUAACUUUCAUUGCAGGCUACUGUGCUCAUGCAGUGAUUAAGAAGCUGAAAUGUGAGAGUUGCCUUAAUGAAAUUGUGAUUGAAAAGGAGUUGCCAAUAAACGAACAUUUUAGUUUGAUACAGAGACUUGAUCAUGGAGGACUAAAAUACCCAUCAGACACUAUUUUAAAUAUGAUUGUCUACACUUAUAUUGUCAUCAGCAAACUUCUCAAAGAACAUGAAAGAGAUUUUCUUGCCUGUACGAAUCAACGUGCUAUUGCCUGUGCAGUAGCACUUGCUACUCUUCACGAAAAUGACUUUUUAUUAUUUGAUGGGGUAUGCUGCAAUGGACAUUCAUCCCAGGCAAUAAUGAAAAGUGUUGUUUGGGUUGGUGUCAAUAUAUUUUUAAACAACUACUGUAAAAAGGUUAAUGGAAAAAAAGUUCAAAAAACACUCAGCGAAAACUGCAAACUCUUACAACAUAAUUUUGAAAUCUUUAUCUUAGAUUCUUUUUAAAUCAUUAAUACAAAACCUGUCAUCAGUAAUAUUGCCACAUCAACAAAUGCCUCUUAAGCUGAACUAGUCAGGUUAAUCUGAAACUAGUCAAACUUACCAAAUUGCAACUUAUGGCUGAGAGUUUGUAUAAAUAUUUUAAUAUACAGCUGCUAACAGCUAUCAACACUAAUAUCCUAACGUGAAAUUUUUAUCAAAGAAAUUAAUCUUUAAUAUAAAGAAUCUUACACUAAUUCUUUCUCAGUUGAAGUUGGGUGGUGAAUGAUACAUACAGGAGGGAGGGGAGGGGGUGUGGCAGGCAGAGAGGACCAAUAGUAAUCUUGUUAUAGUAUGU